AUGGCACCAACAGCUACUCAAAAAACCUCUUGGGCUGAUGAUAUCGAUGAGUUAGAGGCACCCACCAAAGUCAUUGAAGAUUCCGUAGACGAGAAUGGGAUCAGGACAACGGUGGAAUAUGUCACGAAUGAGAAAGGGAAGAAGGUCAAGAUUACACGUCGAAUAAAGCGCACGCUACAAAAAUCAGUCGUCGAACACAAUGUCGCUGAGCGCAAGAAAUGGGCCAAGUUCGGUCAGGAAAAGGGCCACCCUCCAGGGCCUGAUCGAGCCACUACGACGGUUGGAGAGGAGCUUUCGUUGAAGUUGAGUGCGGGAAACAAGAAUGCGGAGGUCGAGCCGACUCCAUCACAAAAUAUGAAGACACAACUCAAGGCGGCCGGUGCUGGCAAGGUCGUCUGUCGUCGGUGCUCAGGCGACCAUUUUACUGCAAAAUGUCCUUACAAAGACACGCUCUCCGUGCUCAAAUCAUCCGAUACUGGUAUGGACGAUGAUCUACCGCCGUCAGAUAACGCGCCACCGGCGCCAUCCGGCGGUGCAUCCACUUCAGGCGGGAAAUACGUACCACCGUCAAUGCGUGGCGCAGGGCGGGGAGCUGGCGAAGCUAUGCGCGGUACUGGUUCUAAUCGCGACGACCUCCCGACCCUCCGUGUCACCAAUGUUUCUGAGGAUACUCAGGAGAACGAUCUGCGCGAUCUAUUCGGCAACUUUGGUAGGGUUGCGAGGGUAUAUGUCGGUCGUGAUCGGGAGACGGGCGCCGGCAAGGGCUUCGCAUUCGUCAGUUUCGAGGACAGAGCUGUCGCGCAGAAAGCUAUGGAAAAGGUCCAUGGUAUGGGCUACGAUAAUCUCAUUUUGAGCGUACAAUGGAGUCAACCCCGGCCGGAGCAGAGAGGAUAG